AUGUGUUCACUUCGGAAUCUGGCACUUUUAUUUGGAUUGUGUCUACUGAUCGGCUGGGCAAACUCCAACAACGACUUCAUACCAGAGAGGACGAAGGCAGACAUCAUGAAGCUGAAAGUACACUUUGUGAGUAUGAACCCAGUUACCGUUGUGUACCAAAAAACAAGCGACAAGGCCUUGUUCGGACAUCCCCUUUUCCCUAACCUGGGCAAUUUUGAGGAGUGCGAACAGAGGUUUCUGCUGCAUGAGAUCCUGGAGGUGUACGACAGGAUCCUGUCGAACAUGCUGAACCGCACGCAGGACAGGGACAUCAGAACCAGCCUCCAUGAAGUCAGACACAGAGUGGAUGAGCUGAGGAGGAACUACUUCAACAACAAGGAGCACCUUCUUAAGGAGAGACUGCAGGAACUGUGGGCCCUGAAGAUGGACGACCUGGUGGUCCAGCGGAAGGCCAUAAAAGAGCUGAUGUCAGUGUAUCAGGAGGCGGCACAGCUGGGAAGCAGGAUCCGCGGCAAGAAGGAGAGGCGGAGGAGAAGGAACGCUCAAAGGAAGAGGGUCACCUGGCCAUAA